AUGAUAGCUGAACAUUUAUCUAAUAAUAGUUUUCAGCAUGACCCAGUCUAUGAUAUACACAACAGAGAAUAUAUUGAUGAUCUUAUACAAGUACUAAUUCUGUAUGAACUUUUUAAAAAUGCAGAGAACGCAAUGUCAGCGACUAAGGCAUCAGCUAAAAUGGUUCUAUCUACUAAUAUCAGUAUAGAUUCGAUCAGAAAAUAUCCAAAUAAUAUUGAUAUUCCAAAUGAAUUUUACAAUCUAGUAGAGGCAUUUUAUUAUUCGAUUCUAAGAGAAAGAGAAGGGUUGGAUGGCAAAUACCCUCUUUCGCAUUGUAUAUCACCUAUCAAACUUGUUAACGAGAAACUUAUACUAGCUUCUGGUGAAUAUUACAUGGAAAAAAGGCCCCUAAGUGAUGAUACUGUAAGAGGUGAAUCAGAACUUUUGCUUGACCUAGGAUUAAUAGACGAUGAUUCUCUUGCGGAUCAAGGGGAAAAAAUAACUAAAACUAUUACACAUGAUCAAAUAACAAGUCUUACUAUAGAUGUGGAAAGUUCUGCAGAUAAUUUAACUAAUUAA